CAGCAGCAAACUCUUCUUCCUUCCUCCUGUUCCCGUCCGUGAAAAAGACAAAAGUUCGAGUAAUCCGAGCUUGGGUUCCGAGGAGUGCGGCGUUUCAGAAGAGCCAAGAGCCAUGGUCUUCAAGUUUUUGACCUUCGAUCCCACCGAAGAUCCUCCCGACUUCGAUCAGCAUUCGCCGCCCGCUUCUCGGCCGUCAUCGUUUUGUCUGCCGCUUAAUCCUGCUGGCCGCAGUUUCAUGAAAGCUAUAACACCCCGCCAGGUCGCUGCCGGUGCUUCCCUGCGCUUGGCCAAUUCAUUUUCCAAGUUUGGCUUCUGGAGGCCAAGCGAACCGCUCCAAUGUCCGGAGGAAGGGCUCGUUAAAAGGUUCAGUUUCCGCGAGCUGAAGGUCGCGACCAACAACUUCAGCGAGACAGAGAAGUUGGGUGAGGGUGGGUACGGUUCUGUGUACAAAGGAGUCCUCGGGGACGGCUCCAGGGUGGCGUUAAAAAGACUCAAUAGACUUGCCUCUCAGCCAUGGAUACUCCAUGCUGAAGUGAAAUUGGGGAACAUGACCUGCCAUCGGAAUCUGGUUCGGGUUCUAGGCUUUUCUUGGUCGCCGAAGCGUGGAGAAUACGUGCUUGUGUACGCUUUCCUGGUGAACGGAAGCCUAGACUCCCUUUUAAGAGGUCAGUCUACAAAGAAAAUCCCACUGGAUUGGCCCACCAGGAAGAAGAUAGCUAUUGGAGCUGCGAGAGGGCUCUCCCAUUUGCAUGAUCUGAGGAUAAUUCACAGGGACAUUAAACCUGGUAAUAUACUGCUGGAUGAAAACUUGGAGGCUUAUGUUGCAGACUUUGGGAUGGCCUUGUUCAUGGACGAGCACAAAGAGAAGGCUGUUUCCGAAGGCAAACCCAACGGCGAGGACGUUUAUUUCACCGACUGCACGAUGGGAACACUCGGUUACAUGGAUCCGGAGCGCUUUACGGGAAGAAACUCAGUGAAGAGCGACGUUUACGGGUUCGGCAUGACGCUUCUGGAGCUCAUAAGCGGCCGAAGGGCCUGGGAAACAACCUGCCUCGACGGAAGUGAACUGGGGCUCCUUCAAUGGGCACGCGCCCUUUUCAAGAACGAACAGUUGGAAAGGCUAGUCGAUGCUGAUAUGCCGGGUGGCUACAACAGGAGCGAAGUGGAGAAAACCGUUCGUCUGGCUCUACUUUGCACGCAGUUCGACCCCAGAAGACGGCCUUAUAUGGCCGAAGCAGUCCUAUUUCUUGAAGGAAUUAUCAGCUUGGACAGAAGAUGGGAGGAGUAUCAACCUGAAGACGAAUCAUCUGGCCCGGAUAAUCGCUCAAGCUCGAGCGACUGCAGUUGUUGUCCAAGGGAGGAAGAAUUAUGUGGUCCUAGAUGAUACUUCCAAGAACCUGUUGCUCGGAGAUUCACCCGCGAGAUUGUGGCU